UGUGCAUGUGUUUGCGUGUGUGUGAGCGUGUGUUUGCUGGCCUGCGUUCAGUGUUGAGUACAGCUUGGGAAAGUGCACCAGUGGAGUGGUAAGAGCUCUCAUUCACCCGCCUCUAAAAAUACUGAGUCACCCUGACCUUCCAUGACUCUCAGUCUCUGCUCCAGACAUCUAAUAACUCAUCUGCACUGAUAGAUCUGACAUGACACUUUUAGUUUGGAAGGCUGGACCCCUGACUGUGCAACAAUACAAAUGGGACCUUUAAUUGCCUGUGCAGGAGCAACACGGCCUUUAAAAUGCCCUGUCGGUGUCAUAAUAUAAUUAGGAACUUGCCUUUGCUGUGAGUCUGCAGGUUCCUUCUAAAGAGUAUUCUGCUGUUAGUCCAGGGUGGUGUAGAGUCGGUCUGUAAACAAACAUUCCAGAAUGCCUGCCAUCACAAACGGAUCACAUUUCUAUUGCGAGGGCCUUCCAUUGGGCCCUGCGGUACAGUAGAAUAGAGCCAGAGGGCCAAUGAGGGAGGGCUGUGCGUUUAAGGAACUGCGGACUGGUCAAAGAAAGGCGUGGCGUGUUUACAUUUCAGGUGAGAUCAACAUUCAAAUACAGCUUCCUGUUCAGAAACAGAGACAUAGAGAGAGAGAGAGAGAGAGCUGCUGUACACUUCAUGAAAGACAUUGCAGUUUUAAUAGACUGUUUGGCUUCCUUGAUGAUGGAUAAUGAAUUAACCUCACUUUUAAUGUGAGCCUGUUUUCGGUGAGACGCUUUCCUUUGUGCUUCAGAAACUGAUGAACUGAGAGACUGAGACGUCAAUAAACAGGAUGGUUCAAACAUGGCGUAAGUGUUAUUGGUAAACCAUUGGUCCCGGGGAUCGCUGUCGUCAGACCAGACUUUGCCUCCGCUCUCUGAAAGCGUGCCGCCCUUUGAGCCAGUCUGCUGAAAACAAUGGUAGAUAGGCUGUGGAGACGGAGCGCAGAGUUCUUUGCCAACAGGAGGUCUUGGAGGGGGAGGUCGGCGCACGGCGCUGAAGAGAGUGACAAGGAUGUGGAGGGAGAUGUCCAGAGCGGUGAGCCCGGCUCGUCCCUGGAGAGCGGCGCCAACUACAGCCAGGGUCCAGUGACCCACAGCUCGUCCAUCAGCCCGGACCAGUUCGACGGGGCCAUCUACGGCCACCCGGUGCAGCCCGGCCCUCAGAGGCCCCGACGGCCCAAACUGCAGCACUCGCAGUCCAUCCUGCGCAAACAGGCCGAGGAGGAGGCCAUCAAGCGCUCGCGCUCGCUCUCCGAGGGCUAUGAGCUCUCCACCGAUCUCCUGGACAAACAGGUAGAGAUGCUAGAACGUAAAUAUGGGGGACGGUUCAUAACACGGCAUGCUGCACGCACCAUCCAAACAGCGUUCCGUCAGUAUCAGAUGAACAAGAACUUUGAGCGACUGAGGAGUUCUAUGUCUGAGAACCGUAUGUCUCGGAGGAUCGUGCUGUCCAAUAUGAGAAUGCAGUUUUCCUUUGAAGGACCUGAGAAAGUCCACAGCUCCUACUUCGAGGGCAAGCAGGUGUCCCUGUCGGACGAUCAGUUGGCAUCCAUGGCGGAGGAGUGCAGCGAGAUCGAGGAUUCUGGGAACAUGGCGUCCCCAGCCACCCAGAGUGACAUUACGGACGCCAUCACCGAGCUGGAGGACGCGUUCUCCAGACAGGUGAAGUCGUUGGCGGAGUCCAUUGACGACGCACUGAACUGCCGUAGUCUCCACGGCGACGAGGGCCCGUCGGAGCAGGUCAUGGGUCACCAGGAUGUGGAGCCGGACAUGGUGUACCAGAUGAGGCCGGCGCACGCCACCAACCGGCGUCAGCUGGACGACAUGAUGGCCUCCUACAGCGACGUGACGCUCUUCAUCGACGAGGAGGAGCUCUCUCCCCCCAUCCAGCUCACGCGAUCCAUGGACCAGCCGUCCAGCACUGAGUCGGACCAGCGUGGGCAGUCCAUCAACUCUUCCCAGGAGUACUGGCCCCUUGACCCCAAGGACGAUAAGGGGGACACGGACACGAGCUGCCGCAGCACCCCCUCCGUGGAGUGCCAGGAGCAGCGCCUGCGGAUGGACCACCUGCCGCUGCUGACCAUCGAGCCGCCCAGCGACAGCUCGGUCAGCGACCGCUCCGAGCGCAGCUCCGUCAAGCGGCAGACCGUCUUCGAGCGAGCGGUGGUCGGCCCGCCUCAGGCCAGCCCCAAACACAUCUCGCACGGUCUGCCCCCGCGCGCCCCGGCACGCGACGACGGCGACCCCGUCCGACACCGGCACCGGCAGCUGGAGAGCCACCUGGCCAUCAACGGCAACCGGCAGAGCAAGUCCGAGUCGGACUUCUCGGACGGCGACAACGACAGCAUCAACAGCACGUCCAACUCCAACGACACCAUCAACUGCAGCUCGGAGUCGUCGUCCCGGGACAGCCUGCGCGAGCAGACGCUCAGCAAACAGACGUACCACAAGGAGACGCGCAACAGCUGGGACUCGCCCGCCUUCAGCAACGACGUCAUCCGCAAGCGCCACUACCGCAUCGGCCUCAACCUCUUCAACAAGAAGCCAGAGAAAGGCGUUCAGUACCUGACGGAGAGGGGGUUCGUCCCCGACACCCCCGUCGGUGUGGCUCACUUCCUGCUCCAGAGGAAAGGGCUGAGCCGGCAGAUGAUUGGCGAGUUUCUGGGUAACCGACAGAAGCAGUUCAACAGGGAUGUUCUGGACUGUGUGGUGGACGAGAUGGACUUCUCAGGGAUGGAGCUGGACGAGGCUCUCAGGAAAUUCCAGAACCACAUCCGGGUGCAGGGGGAAGCCCAGAAGGUCGAGCGGAUGAUCGAAGCUUUCAGUCAGCGCUACUGCAUAUGUAACCCUGGGGUUGUGCGUCAGUUCCGAAACCCGGACACCAUCUUCAUCCUGGCCUUUGCCAUCAUCCUCCUCAACACGGACAUGUACAGCCCCAACGUGAAGCCAGAGAGGAAGAUGAAGAUGGAGGACUUCAUCAAGAACCUCCGAGGCGUGGAUGACGGAGAGGACAUCCCCCGGGAGACGCUGGUGGGGAUUUACGAGCGGAUCCGCAAGCGGGAGCUGAAGACCAGCGAGGACCACGUCUCCCAGGUGCAGAAGGUGGAGAAGCUAAUCGUGGGCAAGAAACCGAUUGGAUCUCUUCACCACGGACUGGGAUGUGUGCUGUCCCUGCCCCACCGCAGACUGGUGUGUUACUGCAGGCUGUUUGAAGUGCCAGACCCCAACAAGCCACAGAAACUAGGCCUGCAUCAGCGGGAGAUCUUCCUGUUUAACGACCUCCUUGUGGUGACGAAGAUCUUCCAGAAGAAAAAGAACUCUGUAACUUACAGCUUCAGACAGUCCUUCUCUCUGUAUGGGAUGCAAGUCCUUAUGUUUGACAACCAGCAUUACCCAAAUGGAGUCCGCCUCACGUCGGCCAUCCCAGGUGCGGACCUCAAAGUCCUCAUCAACUUCAACGCUCCCAACCCUCAGGACCGCAAGAAGUUCACAGACGACCUGCGCGAGUCCAUCGCUGAGGUCCAGGAGAUGGAGAAAUACAGGAUAGAAUCGGAGCUGGAGAAGCAGAAGGGCGUGGUGCGGCCCAGCAUGUCCCAGAGCAUGUCUGGCCUGAAGAAGGAGGCAGGUAACGGCGGCAUGAGCCGCGCCAGCCUGGACGACACCUACGCCAUGGGCGAGGGGCUCAAGAGGAGCGCGCUCAGUAGCUCCCUGCGGGACCUCUCUGAAGCAGGCAAGCGCGGGCGACGCAGCAGUGCAGGAUCACUAGACAGCAAUAUGGAAGGGUCCACCAUUAGCAGCCCCCACAUCCGCCGGAGGGUCACCACCCACGAGUGUUCCUCCCGCGGCCACCCCCCGGCCCCCAACUCCUCCUCCCUCCUGGGCUCCAUCUUCGGCAGCCGGCGGGGGAAGUCCUCCUCCUCUUCUUCAUCACAGGGCCACCCUGGCGGCCCUCCGUCGACCCACCCGACCCUGAUCUCCCACACGCCCCACCCCGUCAACUUGCACCACACAGCGCAGGCGGAGACCCACGCCGCGCACCAACACCACCAACAUUACGGCCAGGGGGCCCAGAACCCCCCCACCCUACAACCACCACCACCACUACAACCCCCCCUCUUCGCAAAGCAGCAGCAGGCAGCAGGCCCCCCCCCCACCCUCGCACUUCCACCAGCACUCAGCUCACUCCUCGCACACCCCCCUCGCAGUACCCGGGCUACGGCUCGCACGCCCACUCACACUCGCACGGCCAUUCGGGCCAUGGGCAGCAUACGUCACACUCCUCGCAAUCCUCGCAUUCCCAGCAUGCACCACCCCUGCCAUCGUCGCACCACCACCACCACCAUCACCAUCAUGGCCAGCAGGGGGCGUCUGCGGGGGGCCCGGGGCCCGGUAAGUCCAAACCCAAACACAGCGGCAUCAGCACAGUGGUGUGAAGAGCCUGGUGCUGGAGCUGAAGAAGACACCGAGUGUUGGGUGUCAGGCAUCAGACGUCAGAUGGACAGACAGACAGACAGACAGACAGUGAGUGACCGGGCCGCUGUGAGCUGCAGUUGUGGUGCAGUGGCUCCUCCCGGGCAGCAGGGGGAGCGCUCACCAGCUGCAUAUCUGCAGGUUUCCCUAAAAAGCAAAAACAAAAAACAAAGAAAGACUCCGGCUACUACUCCGACUCCUACCUGACUGGCCUCACUUCUCCAAAAGGACGUUCCCUCUGCUGGUUCUUUUUUGUUGUUGUUUAUUUUUUAUUUGAUUUGUUUUUUUUUCUCCCUUCUCUCUCUGCAGGACGUAAUACCCAGCCCCUUCCUCUGCCAAAGCAAAUAUCUACUCCCCCAGCAGCAUUGCUUUUGAACAUCUCCAUUCCACAACUAGUCAUUAAUCAUCCCUUCAGUCCAUCGAGGGGGGGAGGACGGGUGGGAAAGGCAUGUACAAACAUGGCGGCCAUGUUUCACAGUUAGCCCAUGGUGGGACGUGGCUGUCAGGCGCUUCUAACUCUCACCUGUUUCUGGAAGCAGCUUUCGUUUAUUUUUUUUUAAAAGUGCUUUUUGUAUGUUACUCACUGUAGGAAUUUAAUGUAUUGCAAGAGAAAGCGAUGUUAUCAUUUCAUAGUGACUAGACCUAAAAAAAAAAUAUUAAGAUCAGUGUAGUCAGUCACAAAAGUAGUUGUUCUAGUACUGUAUUUACUGUGGAUGACAGCUUUACAUGUUGUCUCUUAGCAAUCAUAAAUAAAUGUGCCAACUAUUAAUGCAUUAUCUAUUUAGUCAAGAUUGCUUUGUGUACAGUAUAGUGUGCGUAAAGUAUUUUGUAGUAUACUUGCAGUUGCAACCAUUGUUAUAAUUGUUCUAUAAAACUGUAAAAAGGCUGAGUUUUCUCAGAGUAAUGUCAGAUCUAUGGUCACGGGUGUAGCUGGACACAUAUGUGACACUCAAGUAAGAAGCAGCAGCAAGAGUUGAGUCUUUCUCGAGCCGAAAGUGGGCAUUUAGGAUGCAGCUGCAGCCUUUUUGUCUGUUGAAGAUCAUAAGCAAAUAAGCCUAACCAGUCAGAAUAGAUGUUUCAUUAGAUUGGCAAUACGUCUGGCAUGGCACUAACAUGCACUACAGUGGCAUAGAAUACUACAGGAUCGUUCAGUUGGUAGGGCUGCUUAAGGAUGAAGGACAACAUUCAGGGUAGUGUAUCACAGAAUACAGGAAAUGGAGUUCUGUGAAUCUCUGUGUUCUUCUGCAAUACUUGGCCUGGGUUCUGGAAGGCGUUGUAUGAUUGCUACGCUAUGCUGCGCUGAUAGUUCUACUAUGGGCCCUGGCGAUCCCCUUGCAGUACCUGCAUUCGUGAUUUAUACAUAUCUUUUUUUUCUCUGCUUGUUUUGUAUUUUAGUUAUCAACAAUAAGAGACAUAUGUUUUAUGUUUAAUAUUAAAUAUUUUUUGGUCAAUAUUUAAUAGUAAAUAUAAAUAUUUCUUUUUUUUUCUAUUUCCUACCAUGCACAAAAUUCUUACUGGGCCAGUGACUGAAAUUCGUUUUUUGGUUCUUUUCUAUGAAUUAUGAUAUACAUUUUUAUCAGCUCAUGUGCAAUAUGUUUAUAUUGAUUUCAUGUUGGAACUCUGAACAAGCUAUCUUUGAAAGUGUUCCUCCAUUUUAUUUUGUUGAUUUGUUUUUCAUUUCGUGUUAGUUUCAUAGUUUUCUCUGUGGCUUAACAAACAAGUCCUCAUUUUUGAGAGACUUUCUCUUCUGGAAUUCAGCAGAAUGUCAAAUAAGUGAUAAGUGCAUGUCGUUUGUUAUUGAUGUGAGGCCAGCCAUUGUUGGUGUUUUUAUUUAUUUUGCUAAAAUAAAUCAGUGUUACCAUAGCAACUAAGUGCAAUCACCUUAAAAAAAAAGAAGUCUGGCACUUUUCCUCAUAGUGUUGAAACCAUGUAGGAUUUAUCAUGAGAUGGCCUACAAGACACUCAGAUGAGUGGUCGCAUCAUUCAGGUGAAGCAGCGUCUCCAUUGGCACACAGUACAGUUCAAAUAAGAGUUCAGUAAAAGCACACAGAAUACUUAUUUUCUUUACGUGAACAACAGAGUUCGGGGUAUGGAUGUGGAAGCAACUUCAACCCAACUUCAAAUCAAUCAUUAUUCAAAAGAAAAGAAAAAUAUCAUCAAUAAUAUCACAGGGCUAGGUGUUAUACAAAUGUUAUACAACAGUUCCGAGUUCUGUCAGGAUUUGUUGGUUCCUCCACAAAGCUUGCAAAAUCGAUUAAUCAUGUCCAUUACAACUAAAUAUCACUGUAACAGGAAGUGGUAGAAGGUAUGGAUUUUUUCUCUCUCUUUGGGGAAUUAUCAAUUGAAUGUCUUUUUUAAAAAUAAAUUCUGAAUUAUUUUCUAUGGUCAUAUUUGGUGGUUUUGUGAAAAACGCAGAUGGAAAAAUCAUGACAGUCCACUAAUGCCAGUGGCCAUCUUGCCCCCCCCCCCCCCCCCCCAGCGAAGCACUGCAUGUAACCAAUGCAUCCUGUUCUUGACUCACUGUGAGCAGACUAACUCUGCCUAUAAAAGACUUUAUUUCCUUUACCUUUUGGUUUUAGUUUUUUUUUUUUACUCUCCAAGUUGUGAUUUGCGGUUCCAUUUUGAAAUGGUGUUAUUGAAGAUCGGCAUGCGGUUCACAUAGCGACAUAUCCAUAGUGUAAUAGAGGGACUCGGCUCGAGCCCACUUUAGGGUGCGAGUUGAGGGGCCUCGUUGUGUAAAUAAUUGAACAGAGAAGCAGGACUAGACAUAUCUUAUAUGGAUUUGGGGGAAUGCAGGGCGGCACAGCUGUAUCGAACAGGGGACCAAGUGGGAAGAGUCUGCUUGUAAAUAGAAUGUAUAUAGACAUACAGUAAAUAUAUAUAAAUAUAUCAACAAGCAUUACGUUAUGUACACAGUCAUAUCAAGUGUGUAUUCCUGACUUCUCUGAAGAGGGAGAAACAAAAAUCGAAAACCUGUCUCUGCUUCCGUCUGUGUUGGAUGAUAAUGCAGUACGCCAUCUCGGGAAAACGGACUGUUUCUAGGGAUCACUGCCUCUCUCAUGUUCAUCCACAAGCUGCUACUGUUAUCUCUCGAAAAACCCCACACCUUCAUCACGCAGGAAGAAAGGAGGAAAAGAGUGCUGUCAUUGUAAUAUGCAUUCUGUUUGUGAAUGGUCAAAGGAAUUAAAUCUCAUCUAUGUAAAACUUCAACUGUGACGGUGUUGAAAACGCAAAAAUAAACAAAUAUAUGACUUAAAUAAA